CAGAUGGAUUCACUGGUGAAUUCUACCAAAUAUUUAAGGAAGAAAUUAUACCAGUUCUCUAUAGUCUCUUCCAGAAGGCAAAAGCCCAGGGAAUACUUACUUCAAGACUUACUAUAAAGUUAGAAUAAUCAAGAUGGUCAGGUAUUGGCAAAAGAAUAAAAUAGAUCAAUGGAACAGAACAGAGAAUGAUACUGGAACAAGUAGACAUCUACACGCAAAAAGUGAACCCAGACACAGUUCUUACUCUCCACCCGCCUGGACCACCCAACCCCAAGUACGCUUGUAUCUGCCCCUCUGGGCCCCACCAGUCCAAGGGCCCCGGAGAAGUCACAGGGCUCCUUGAGCACGCCUCAUUUCCGUCGCCCAGACUAGAAACCUCAUUUCCGGUUGUCAAGACCGCGCUCCGGAUUACAGUCACUAUGCCAGCACCUAAGAUGGCCGCUGGCUCCUCCGCCGCUGUGAUCAAUGGAGAAGAAGCAAACAGGAACCCAGAAAUUGCCCGGCUCUGCCAUGGCAGCCACCGGGGGCGUGGCUUCCGGCGGCCCUCGCCUGCAAGUCCCGGCAGCCGGUUCGUGCGUAGGUGGUGGCUGACAGGCGCUCCUCCCCCGACGACUGCGACCCGGCGGCUAGUGCCCAGGUGGACUGGCGGCCCCAAACUCGCGGCCCCACGAGGCGCUAAAGCUCCACCGGGGUAUGGACAAGGCGAAGAUGGAUGAGAAUGAAUGGGGGUACCACGGCGAAGGCAACAAGAGCCUGGUUGUGGCCCACACGCAGCGUUGUGUGGUACUGCGUUUUCUGAAGUUUCCUCCAAAUAGGAAGAAGACCUCAGAAGAGAUAUUUCAGCACCUCCAGAACAUAGUGGACUUCGGCAAAAAUGUCAUGAAAGAGUUUUUGGGAGAGAACUAUGUUCAUUGUGGGGAAGUUGUUCAGCUGCCUUUAGAUUUUGUGAAACAACUUUGUUUAAAGAUACAAUCUGAGAGACCAGAAUCUCGCUGUGACAAGGACCUGGACACUCUCAGUGGUUAUGCUCUGUGCCUUCCCAAUUUAGCCAGACUUCAGACCUACCAUUUUGCGGAGCACCGGCCAAUUCUGUGUGUAGAGAUCAAGCCAAAAUGUGGGUUUAUUCCUUUGUCCAGCGAUGUUACUCAUGAGAUGAAGCAUAAGGUGUGCCGUUACUGCAUGCACCAGCACCUCAAGGUGGCAACCGGGAAGUGGAAGCAGAUAAGUAAAUACUGUCCCCUCGAUCUCUACUCAGGAAAUAAACAGAGAAUGUAUUUUGCCUUGAAAAGCUUGUUGCAGGAGGCACAGAACAACUUAAAGAUAUUUAAGAAUGGGGAGCUGAUCUAUGGCUGCAAGGACGCCCGGAGCCCCACGACUGACUGGAGUGAGCUGGCACAUCACCUGAAGCCCUUCUUCUUCCCAUCCAACGGCCUGGCCAGCGGGCCCCACUGCACGAGGGCUGUGAUACGGGAGCUGGUGCGUGUCAUCACUCGGGUGCUGCUCAGCGGCUCGGACAAGGGCUGGGCGAGUGCCCUGAGGCUGGGGCCUGGGUCACGGGGCCCGUGUGUCUGCGAAGCCAGCCCUUACCGCAGGAGCCUGCGUCAGCCAGGAAGAAGCAGCGUGGAGCGCUCGGGGUUACCGAAGGACUGUCUUCUGUACAAAACCCUCCAGGUGCAGAAGCUGGACCUGCUGGACAUCGAGGGCCUCUACCCUCUGUACAGGCGGGUUGAGCGCUACCUGGAGGAGUUUCCUGAGCAGAGAAAAGCAUUGCAAAUAGAUGGGCCUUAUGAUGAAGCAUUUUACCAGAAGCUGCUCGAUCUGUCCACUGAGGAUGAUGGGACAGUGGCCUUUGCGCUGACAAAGGUGCAGCAGUACCGGGUCGCCAUGACUGCGAAGGACUGCUCCAUCAUGAUCGCGCUGUCCCCCUGUCUGCAGGAUGCGAGCUCCGAUCAAAGGCCUGUCGUCCCGUCGUCCAGGUCCAGGUUUGCCUUCUCCGUGUCUGUGCUGGACCUCGACCUCAAGCCCUACGAGAGUAUCCCUCAUCAGUACAAACUGGACAGCAAGAUAGUCAACUACUACUCCAAGGCUGUGCGCACCGCCGACGCCACCAGGGUGCCCACCAGGUUCAAGGAAAGCGAAGACUGCACACUGGUUCUCCAUAAGGUCUAGUGUUUCCCUGUGGUGUCUUUGAAACUUGAACAUGGAAUGUGAAGGGUGAAAGAUAGAGCUGUUUUCUCUUGUGUUGGGUGAAUUUUGCUGUGAAUGUUUUUGCUUUUUAACCACUGUUCAGGUGGGACUAUUUCUGGGAGACAUGGAAUGGAAGAGCACUAGGAACAUCUCCCGGGACAAGGAAUGUCACGUGAGCCCUGUGGGGGGCUGUCCCUGGAGGCCACGCUGGGCAGCCCUCCCUCCUGCCCAGGGCUCCUGUCCACUCUCUAAAGCAACAGCCUUAUCGUAAGACCCGAGAGUUGGAUCUCCUCCCACCAGGCUCCCAGCAUAGAAAACUUGAAUCGUCACGUACAUGUUAGUUUGGACUUUUAAGAAAACAUGGAUACUACUGGAACUUUCCCGGCUGAGUUACUUGGUCACUUUUUUAAUGAAGCCACACGUCAGCACAGGUUCGGUGGUUCCCUGCUGCAGAGCGAUGGGUGUUGGUGAAGAUGUCGCUUCUGAGCAGUGUGACUCGGGUCCCUCGAGAGGUGCCAGGCCCCCCACUCUGCACAGGCCCAGCAGGGAUGGCUGGACUCAGGUCAGGGGUGACACCACUCAUUUGAGCGUUGACUUCCAUUCUUUUGUUCUGUUUUUUGCUGAAUGACUUUAUUUCUAACUUUAGGGGAGACCAGGCGUUCUUUCCCCCCUGAAACUGCUGCUGUGGAAGCUGGAAGCGGCUGCGACACUGAGCGGCUACGCUCAGGGCGGGUAUCACGGCUGCUGUGUUCCUUCCAGCUCUGUGUUCCUGGCAUUUUGGGGUGUUUGGGGAACCUCAGCCAGUUCUGUGAGAGCCAGACUUUUCCCGCCUCCCUGUGCCUGUUCCUCCCCUGGUCUUACUGAGAUGUGUGGUGUUUGCAGCCUCGAGUGGUGCUGGGCCACCUCCCUGCCGGCUGCCCAAGGCCUUGUUUCUGCACAACUCCUGGCUGGCGCCGCAGGGUCACCAAAGGUGUGCCUGGCUGCUAUGAAAACUGCUGGGGAUCUUGGCUUCGGUUUUUUUAUUCUAUGGUAGGUUGUACAGAUUGGUUAUUUAUAUCAUCAUUUUGAAGGACUAAUGAAGGCUUAUUGUAACAUAUUAUAAUAUUAGUGAAACCAUGGAAUUAUAUGAAAAUGUUACAUGAAAAAUGAAACUAUUUUGCUGAUUGUACAUUUUUGUGGGGAAUUUUGCGAUAACUUGAGAAUUACACUUGUUUG